AUCACUAGACAAGGCAACACUGGAUGUUUUUUGACCCUGAAAAUGAACUUUAGGAGGAUUUUCCUAGUCAAGUGCUUGAUGCUUUUAUUUCCCAGUGUAAAAUGCUCCAGCAGCAGCUGGAUUUACAAGGCAGUGAAUGAGACAGCUCUUCUCAGCAUCACUGCUCCUGGGAGCAUCUACGAGGCCACAUGGAGGAGAGAGGGAGAAAGGCUGGUUCAGAUCAGAGGCAACAAAGCCAAGCACUUUGUGAACCAGGAGCGGUGCAGGUGCGCCAUACUCCGGAACGGGACUCUGCAAAUCCAGCGCCUGGAGAAGGAGGACAGUGGCAACUACAAGGUGGAGGUUUAUGAGAAGGAUGGACAGCUGAAGGCAGAGGAAAAUAUAAAGUUAUUCGUUCAGGAACCUGUCCCUCCGCCAAUCCUCAUGGCUGAAUGCAGGAAUAAAAGUGUGUCUGUCAAGUGUGGAGCCAAACAGAAGGCCAAGGAUGAAACAAAAGGGAAGGCCAAGGAUGAAGCAUUUACAAUCGAACUGACCCAACCCAAUGGCAGAAAAAUCCAAAAGAAUGCAACACUGCUGGAAUGGCACGGGUGGAGUUCUGGGACGUUCCGAUGCGUUGUUAAGAACCAAGUCAGUGAAAAAAUGGCUGAAAAAGUAUUUAACUGCUCAGGCAAGAUGGACUUUUAUCUCAUCUUAAGCAUAGCAGGAGGUGCAGUCUUCUUUGUCAUCUUUGUGAUUUGUCUUAUUUAUUGUAUCAGAAGGAAGAAAGCAAAAAGGAAUGAAGUUUAUGGGGAGGAGCAAGCGAUGCAGACCCUGCCCGUGGACCAUGAGAGGAGGAUGUGGGAGCUGUCCCAGGCUCCAUCCAAGCCCACCCCGAGGCAGCAGCGAGUGCAGCAGCGGCCGCUGCCCCCGCAGCCCCCGCAGCCCCAGCAGCCACGGCCCCGCACCCAGCCACGGACCCCAAACCCCCCCAGACACAGGCCCUGAGCACACAGCCUGGUGUGUAGCAGGCCCAGAGCCUGUAAGACUUCCCUGGCAUUGAGACGCCUAAGAUAGGAAAUGCCAGCUCACGGUGACUGGCCUGGAAGCCCCUCUCUUCUGCCUUCGGACCCCUGCUUAUCCCUCUGUAAGACUACAGGUCACUUUCCUUUAACCCUUGCUAUUGGACAAUUUCCAAAACCCCUGAACCCUAUAUAAAGGGCUGCUUUUGCCCAGCUCAGGCAGAAGAGCUGUCACUGGGAGCCUUCACAGAAGAGCCUUCUGUCACUGGGAACCUUUGCAGAAGAAUCAAUGAAGACAUUGCUGUGGAACCUCACACAGCCUUCUCCUCUC